GGCCGCUCCGCCCACGCCGCUCGGGGAGGAGCUACGCGCCCGCCCCACCUGGUUCUUUGUGCUCGGAGUCGGUCGGGACUCGGCAGCAGCCUUGAGCCUCCGUCGCCCCCCCCCCCCCCGUCACCAUGUCGCUGGGAGCCGGCCCGGAGGCGGGAUUCUCCAGCGAGGAGCUGCUGACCCUGCGCUUCCCCCUGCACCGCGCCUGCCGCGACGGGGACCUGCCCACCCUGUGCGCGCUGCUGCAGGGCUCGCCCCGCUCCGACCUGGCCGUCGAGGACUCCUUCUACGGCUGGACGCCCAUCCACUGGGCCGCGCACUUCGGCAAGCUGGAGUGUCUAGUGCAAUUAGUGAGAGCUGGCGCUACUGUAAAUGCCUGUACAACACGUUUUGCCCAAACACCAGCCCAUAUUGCUGCUUUUGGAGGACAUCCUCAGUGCCUGAUCUGGUUGGUUCAAGCAGGGGCCAACAUAAACAAGCAGGAUUAUGUUGGUGAAACCCCUAUUCAUAAAGCAGCACGUUCUGGUAGUAUGGAUUCCUUAAGUGCCCUUGUAGCUCAUGGAGCUCAAAUAGACUUGAGAAAUGCCAGUGGACUGACAGCAGCAGAUCUUGCACAUACCCAGGGUUUCCAAGAGUGUACCCAGUUUCUCUUGAACCUCCAGAACUGUCACCUGAACCGUUUCUUUAGCAAUGGCACGUUAAAUGGAGGUCCCAAUCCAGUCAAUGGUGGUCAAAGUCGAAAGAGAUCCUUUGAAGAUGUGGAUUCUGCUGGAGUAAAGAAAGCUAGGGUUGAAGCUCAUAGCUUUGAUGGCUUAAUACCAAUGAUGAAUGGAGGAAAUGAGGAUGAUGCUGACAAUAUGCACAUUGAUAAAGAGGUUGCUGUUGUAUCAGAUAUGAAUAGCAGUAGCUCCGUUUUGAAUGCAUUGACAAAUGGAUGUACCAUCAAUGGACAUUUGGACUUCACUACCAUAACACAGUUCAAUGGAAUGGAUUCCAGGCAUGAAGAAUGUUUAACAUUAAUACCUAAUGGAAUAACUCCUGGAGUAGCUUCUGCCAAUAGUCACAGAAUUCACACCAGUAAUGGCACUGAAGAACCAGAAAAAGCCAUGAAUACUUCUGCCGAUAUGUGUGGUUCACUGCAUCUGAAUGGAAGCCCAAGUAGCUUUGUGUCUAACAGGCCCUCAUGGGCUGAAGAUCUUGGAGAUACUUUGCACUAUGGGCAUUAUCAUGGUUUUGGGGAUACUGCUGAAAGCAUCCCUGAACUUAACAGUGUUGUUGAGCAUUCCAAUUCUGUUAAAGUUGAACAGAAAUAUGAUAAUACUGUCUUAGGCACAAUGCAUCUUUAUCAUGGUUCCUAAAUCAACAUCUUGUUUGUCAAAUUCAUAUUGAAAUUGCUAGCAAAUGUUUGGGAGGGACAAAAAAAUCCUCAUCUAGCAUUAAAUCUGAAAAAUGCAACUAUUACUAUUUUUACACUUUGUUUAUAUAAAAAGUAAACCUUUCAUUUGACAGUCUUGUACUAUAGUUCUAAUUUGUUGCAUGUAUGAGGCUUAUCUAGUGAUGGAAGUAGGUGGUGGUACAAUGAAAUGUUUAUUCUUUGCAUUUUACUAUAGAAUGUUGUGGUUUUGUACUUGUUUUUUUGUUUUUUUUUUAAUUUUAUUUCCAAGCUAGUGAACACUAUCUUUCCACUUCUUAAGUGUUUUCCUUCUUAUUAAUAUGAUCAAACUGUAUUGAAUUUUGUGCAGAAAACAAGUUGUGUUUGUGUAUCAAUCUUGAAGUAAAUAUUUUCCUUUUUUGUAUUUUCUGCUGAAGCUAUGGUAGCAAUAUCAAUGCCAGCUGUCACUAUGCAAGGUUUGAAAAGUGAUGUUCUUAAAGGAGCUUCUCUGAUUUACGAAGUUAUACGUUUCUUUAAUAGAAUUGGAAGUUCAUCUUUACGUUCUAUGACAAAUGAAAUGUUAAAAAUGCAAAGACAAAAGUUUGAAAAAUGUUUCUAUUUAGUGUAGCAUAGGAAUUCUUUUCUUCAUUGUUAGGGCCCUUUGCAUUAUAGAAGUGGAAAAGCAGAUUACCCAUGUUCAGUUUUAGUGAGGGCGUGCUUCAGCAUUGGUUCUGAUUUAUGGCUUUUUUUAUUUUGCUUCUCUACUUUACUUGUGUUUGAUAUUUUACCAUAGCUCACAGCCUGGAUGCAUGUUGGCACUGUUUUUACUUUUUAUGCAAUUUAAAAUUACUGCUACUUGUUACAGAAAUAGUCAGGUCAAAAUAGUUGACUGAUUUUGAUAUACUGUACAUAUAUUUUGUUUGCUUUGUGUUUUUUACAGCUGUUUUGAAAAUCUAAUGCCGUGUAUAUCUAGCCAGUUAAGAUACUUUUAGGGCUAUGUUCACUGAAAAUACAUUGUAUUUAAAGCUUAUUACACAAGUAAAAAUUCAUACAAGUGUUCUCUACACACAUUAAUAAUGUAAGAUACUACUUUUGUGAUUUGAUAAAAGAAUGGUGGGAGAAUAUAUUAAACAAGAGAGAAACCCAGUAAGGCCUUUGAACUGUAUCAAUUUUUUUGUUUUGUUUAAAAGGGAUGUUACAAAUUGGAUUUUAAAAAAAUAACUCCAUAUUGUAUCUGGAUUUAUUUUAUUUAGAAGUGACACAUUCAUUGAUUAUAUGAACAAGUGUUUAAUAGAUUUAAAGUCAAAUCUCACUUACCUAUUUAAUCUUUCUUAAUCCCUCUGUGGAAUCUUUGUUUUCAUUAUGUGGAAUUAUAAAAAAGAAGGUAAAUAGGCUGGCAAGUCAUCUUUGACUGACUGAGUUUCUUUGCUCUUUCAAAGAUACUAGUGCAUGUUUUCUACAUUAUGUGUAAAGACUAUAUCAGUCCUGAGCUCCAAAGAAAGAUGUUAGUGUUGUGUUUCACCCUGAAAUUGUGUAGUACUUAGUUUUCCCUUAAACAUUUCAUUAGGAAAAAGUCUGAAAACUCAAUACUUUCUAAUAGAACUUACAAUAUUGUUUCAUAUAUCACCAUUCUGAUCUAAAAUACCACAAAGCAAAUUAAAGUGUAGGUAGUUAGACACUAGUUGAGUUACAAUGUCAGUAUAGGCAAAUGGAGCAGUUGGCCAGAAUAAUGCAAGCACUUAAUUUCUGGGGACAGAUGAGAUGUGCAGUGGGACCUAAAUUUCACCUGAAGCAUGGCACCUCUAGCAUGCUAUAAUUUUAGUCAAACUAACACUUCAGACUUAUUAACUUAAAGCUUGAUUAAGACAUUUUUUUCCAAGUGCUAUUUUAGAGUUUUACAUAUGCUUUUGUUUAUACUCAUUUGGACAAAUCAAAGCCCUUAGUAUUUAUAGCAGUGUGCUGUCUGGAUUUUCCUCCUCGGGUUACAACUAAUCUUGCACAUGUUGCUUGGCUACAUUUUAUAGUUUUCAAUGAGGUUUUAUGUACCCAAGUGAAGUAUAACUCAAGACUUAAAUUGCCUGCCAGACAAGCUUUUAAGGAAAUAUAUACUAUAUUUGGCUUUCAUUCACUAUUUAAACAGAUUUCAGACACAUUUUUCUUCAAAAAUAUUUGACUGAAUAACUUGAGUAUCUCUAUUCUAUCUGUGAAAAAUUUUCUUCAAACCCCACUUCUCAUUCAAAUGCUUAUUGCUUUCAAGACUAAAUUUCCAAAACUGAAACUAGAGGUUCUUGAUUGCUGCCUGUUGUAAAUUCUCAAGAUGUCUUCUGAACAUUUUUAGUUUAUGGAAGGUCCACUGAAGUCUUCAAAGCAAAACAAAGUUGCAAGAGUGCAGCAUGUGAGUUCAGAAGGAGAUAGAUGAGGAAACUUUUGAGUUUAUAUACUGGAAUUGAAAGUGAGAAAUAUAGGCUGUUACCAUAGCCCUGUUUUCACUACUGUACAGAGGCAGAGAAUUGGAGAAACGUGGAGCAUACUCCUGGUCUCAGAUUGAAUACUGAUAUGAAUAGUUAAAAGCUAUUUGACUGUUUUUAAUUAUUAGUCUCAAAUUUGCUGUUUUUGAAUAGGAGGAUGAGUUUUGCUAUCGUAUAUGUUUGUAACUCCAUUGACUUUAAUGGUAUAAUGAAAAGCAAGUGGAAUAAAAGCUGCUUCUGGCAGAAAAAA